AUGACCCGCGCCGCGCGCGUUGUUAUGCAAGGCUAUCUUACAGCCUCGUUUUUCAAAGAAAUCGUCAUCGACCACACUAUUCAGGUCGUGUCCGAAUCAGAGGAGGUCUCCGUUAGCCUUGUUACAUUCACUGUCUGCUUCUCGACAGCCGUCCUUCUUCAAGCCUCCGCCAAAGCUGCUCGACAAUUCCUCAGCGAUGAUUUCCAACGCGUCCCCGCUCCCAAGGACCACACCGCUGGGCUCGACGCACCUUUUGCUGGAGGCAACAUUUUGGACGCUACCUCAACAACCAAGGCUUUCGGAACACCAGCUCGGCCAUCCUCGUCGCGUGCAGUGAUUGAAUCAACCGAACCAACCUUUGAGGCUCCCACCAAAGGCUUAUCGACGACUGAUUCUGACACGACACUCAUCGCCGAUGAUGAGGAGUUAGCCAAGGACGUGUUCUGCUGCGACCGUGUCUCAGACGUCGAGUCGCUUGCUGACGAAAGCACUUUCUACGAGGAUGCUACAGCACACUGCCUUGCAGACGAUAAACCGGACCACACCUUGCACGUCGGAUACGACCCACAAACUAUCGACAACCUAGUCAGAAUAUUUUCAGCUAUUUCUCUCGACGAUGUACCCGCUCGUUUAUCAGCGAUUUCUCUCGACAAUGUAUCUCCUCAUUUAUUAUCCGCCUCUCUCGACAAUGUAUCUUCUCAUUCAUCCACUCUUUCCCUCGACGUUGUAUCCUCCGAUUUAUCCAUUUCUUCUCUCGACAAUGUACCGUUUCAUUUAUCAAGCCUUUCCCCGGACGAUGUGUCCUAUCAUUCAUCCAUUCCUUCUCUCGACAAUGUACCGUCUCAUUUAUCAAGCCUUUCCCCGGACGAUGUGUCCUAUCAUUUAUCCACUCCUUAUCUCGACAAUGUACCUUCUCAUGUAUCCACUCCUUCUCUCGACAAUGUAACAUCUCAUUUAUCAAGCAUCUCCCCGGACAAUGUAUCGUCUCAUUUACCCACUCCUUCUCUCGACAAUGUACCUUCUCAAUUUUCUCUCGACGAUGUACCCUCCCGAUUAUCAACCAUUGGACGACAUCACGCUCUACAAGACCACGCUAUCGACAUCCUACCUUAUUCAUCUCAGCCUCCGAAGCUUCGGCCAACCAUACCUGUAUUUCUUCCUCUCGACGGUUCCCCUCAGUCAUCGAUAUGUCAGCCCCAACGCGCUCUAGUACACGACUACUCUAUCGACAAUCUAAUCAGAAAAAUAGCAGCCCUUUCUCUCGAUGAGGUUCCCUCUCAAUUAUCGAUACUUCGCCCGCAUCACGCUCUACACAACCACGCUAUUGACGCGCUACCCAAUGACACAAAAGCUCUUACUCUCGACGACGACCACGCUAUCAACAACACAGAAGCUCUUACUCUCGACGACCACCACACUUUCGACUCUCUACUGCAAAAAUCAGAAGCUCUGACUCUGGACGACAAUCACGCUAUCGACACUCUGCCCGAUAACACAGAAGCUCUGACUCUCGAUGACAACCACGCUAUCAAUGCUCUACUGCAAAACCCAGACGCUCUUACUACCCUUUACGACGACGCUAUCGACGAUUUACUUCAAAAGAUGGAAGCGCUUACUCUCGACGAUAACCCCCAUUAUACUCUCAUUCCUCGACACUUACUCCGCAAUGGAUCUUACGCGACGAUAGCCGUUCUUGAUCCUCGAAAUUUCAACUACGACUCACCCUACACGACGAUGCUAUCAACGCCAUACUUCGACAUGUGGAACCUCAUAUUCUCGACAAUACCGCUCAACUCCAUACGACGUCUACGAAUGAGUCCCCUACGACCAAAUGCGUCAGACAUCGUCGCAUCCAACACGUCUUCGGUAUCUAUCAGAGGUCCCCUACGACCAAUCCGACGACGCCUGCUAAUGGCCUCCCUCACUGUCCCCUACGACAUGGAGUUAUUAUCCAUGAGGUCGAAGGCCCCCCCACUACACACCCAACCUAUCGCAAGUCUUCGAUGA